AUGAUGUCUCCACACAUUUGCUGGAGCCAAUAUUUGCAAAUUAAGCGAAGCAAGGCGAAAACAAAAGACUGCAAGGGGAUGCCGACACGCACUGCCUCCCGGGCGUCAAGAAGUGCUUCACGAGGGCAGAGACGGACAAAAUCACCCGCUAAAGCGAACGGGCGCGUGAGCGGCAAUGGCGCCAGCCUCACUGAAGAGGCGCUUACGGUGGAGGCGAUCCUCGCCGGUAGGCCGAGCACAGCCAGCUGCAGGAGCUCCCCGUGGGGCAUGUGGACUGCCAUUGUCCUCCUGGAGGUGGUGGCUUUUGUCUGGUUGAAGUGGGCGAUGGACAUCUACGGCGUCUACCGCCUGGCAAGGUCGUAG